CAGUAAAGACAUGCGCGUAACGCACCUAUCAGACAAAAUCAAUAUUGAAUAUCAUGCGCGCUAGGCCCGUUGCGAGCCAAGCGCAGUCACUCGCGGUAUCCAAACAAUGUUUUCAUUUCCCUUUGGCAAUGUCCUAGCAAUAUAAAUAACACAAAUGGUUGAAAGAACUAAGCAAUGUAAGAUAUCACACGAAAUGAUGAUUCGACUAAACAAUUUUUUGUAUGUUUUCAAUUUACGCCAAGGCACAAUUUUAAUUGCCGUCCAUCAGAUCGCAAUGUCAUCUUUUGUUCUCAUAAUAUUAUUAGUUGGCAUAUCUCAUGUGGGUGAAAUGCUAUCAAUGCUGCAUGCUGACAUGGAAGACGACGCUGAAAGCCGCGGUUUCUUCGAAGUGUCCUACGGUCAACAGCUCGUGUUCCACGAGGGAGACGUGAUCAGCACUAACAAUCAACGGAGAUUUGCAAAGGCACAACAUCUAGCAUCGGUGACCGUGAUAUUUCUGUACACGAGCACGAUCCUGACGUCAAUUUACCUGAUGUGCUGCAUAUCCUUGCUGCACGGCGCCGUGAAGUACAAGCGGGAGUAUGUACUGCCGUGGAUCAUGGCGGCGUGUGUUGGCGUGGUUCUGCUGCUGGUGGCUAUCGUAGUUGGUGACGGGUACCCAUGCAUCGUGAGCCUCUUCGGCGGGCACAAGCUUUAUCACUUAUUCUGCGCUCUAUUCGUGCUGACCUUCAUCUACGCUAUUUGCGCGGUCAGCAGCUUCGCGCUAGAGACGGGCGGCGGGCGGUGCCGGCGUACGCGCAGCGACGAGCGUGGCGAGCGCUUGCUACUGUUGGACCACGCAGCGCAUUCCAGCCUACUGUCUGCGGCGCAGCUCACCAAGCUCUCACACGGCACUAGAACGCACUUCGUCUGAAUGCUACGCUAUGCUUCAUGGUCAAGGCGAAGCGGUCGACUGCACCCCCCUAUAACUGUUCGGAUGAGGUCUUUUGAGAAAGAUGUUGGUGUGGACAAGGCAGUGCCUCAUGUAUACGUAAUGCGUUACACACAAUUUCUGCUUCGAUCUUGAUUAGGCCAAAUCUUAUGGGGCCGGUUUGCGGGUCACGUGACUUUAAUUUACAGUAAGAGUAGCUUUACUUUUUUUGGAUGAAUUGUUUAUUAUAAGUUUAUGAGUAAGCCUACUAUUCCGCGAGCGUUAAUUUUAAAACUUUAUAAGAUGUAAAGUAAAAUAACACCACCUGCCGCAAAGGGGAUGCAGCUGUUGAUAACUUCGCGCACUUGACCAACGUUUUUGUUCACAUUUUUGUACACAGUACGCUACUCCAUCGCCUUUACUUCAAACUACACGUUCAACGCUGUCGCUAGGUCAUAGUUAAGCAUAGUCAGACCCAAAACCUCAUUGUCCUGAAAGCUAACCGCCUUUAUUCAUCUAUUCAUUGAACAAAUUGAAAACUUAUGAAGCUGUUACUUAUUUUUACAAAUGACAUUGGGAACUUUUUGCCCCACUU